AUGCUGCGAGCAGCGCCCGGCAAGCAUGAAUCUGAUCCGCCCAAGAAUACGAUCCUGACGGGUGCGGGGAAAGCACCAUGGUACCGAGAAGAUGGCCAGGCGAUAGAUGCGUUUGUCGUCGGUAUUUCGGGCGGAUCUGGCUCUGGAAAGACGUCAGUUGCGCAGAAGAUCAUCCAGCAGCUCAACGUCCCAUGGGUCGUCGUGCUCAGCCAGGAUUCUUUCUACAAGUCACUCUCUCCCGAGCAGUCAGAGCGAGCGUUCGCCAACCAGUACGACUUUGACAGUCCUGAUGCGUUCGACUAUGACCAGCUCAGGGUCUCUCUGGCCGCCCUCAAGGCAUGCAAGUCCGUGCAGAUACCCGUCUAUAGCUUUGUGCAUCAUCAGAGAAUGCCCGAGACACAAUAUCUCUAUGGCGCCGCGGUCAUCAUCGUAGAGGGCAUCUUUGUCUUGCAUGAUCCGCGCACGAGGGACCUCCUCGACAUCAAAGUCUACGUGCAGUGUGACUCUGAUCUCAUGCUGGCAAGGCGACUCAGGAGGGAUCUCAUCGAGCGUGGGAGAGAUGUCCAAGGCGUGCUCGAUCAGUACUUGCAAUUCGUAAAGCCGAGCUACGACAACUUUAUACAGCCUACUGCCAAACACGCUGACAUCAUUGUGCCCGGCCAGUCCAACUCUGUGGCGAUCGACCUGAUUACAACUCACAUCAGACGACAGCUAGACGAGCGAUCAAUGCGGCUCAGGCCCACACUCGGGCGAACGCUUCCCUCGCCGGCCAAAGAGCGUAAGCGCUUCCUGGAAGAUCUCCCCAGCAAUGUCAUCGUCAUGUCACAGACACCACAGCUGCGAGGCGUGCACACCUACUUGCGUGACCAGACAACGAGCAUGGACGAGUUUCUGUUCUAUUGCGACCGUCUCGCGACAUUGCUGGUCGAGUAUGCGCUCAGCCUGCUGCCCUACGAGACCGAGACGGUGACAGCUCCUACAGGUAUCGAGCACUGCGGCCAGCGACUGGCAGCUAAGCACCUCUGCGGCAUUUCGAUCCUCCGCAGCGGCAAGAUCCUCGAGAAAGGCUUGCGCCGAGUCGUCAACGAUGCACUGCUCGGGUCUAUGCUGAUCCAGUCGGACGAUGCAACGGGCGAGCCGUUGCUCUACUACGUCAAGCUGCCCAGAUCGAUCACGUCGCCUGAGACUGCGAAAGAAGCGAGCGUGCUCCUCUUUGACUCACAAAUCGGUACAGGUGCGGCUUGUCUCAUGGCUAUCCGCGUGCUGCUCGAUCAUGGCGUUCUGCAAGAGAACAUCAUCUUUGUUUGCUUUCUCGUCUCUGCACGAGGCGGUAUUCAAGCCGUCUCUGCCGCAUUCCAAAAAGUUCGCAUUGUCACGAGCGCCUGCGACGAAGGACUGGAGGAGCUCUUCGUAAUGCGUCAGCAAGGACGGUCGAGGAUCAGCUACGCAGACGAAGAUGAGUCUGACGCAAGCUUGACGGGCGAUGCUGCACCGAGCGCAGCUACGCUGCUCGACUCUGAUCCAGAACAGAAGGCGAGGGGCAAGCGCAUCUUUGCGAUCCAGCCUGGUAUGGGCUCUAUCGGAGACCGCUAUUUCGGAACGUGAUGAAGACAUGUACAACACUAACUGUUGUUGUCAAGAUACGCAGGUGGCAGUCUAUGC